AUGAGAUACAGCCAUACGACUAACCCCGCAGAGCAGUUUUUCUCCAAACUUGACGAGCUCUUCACACAAAGGAAAGGGGCAAGUCAUGGGGCGGUUUAUUUAACUCAGAAGCGCUUGAUGAGCCAUACAGAAGAAGAUACCAUGGAGAAGAGCGAUGCAGGAUCUGAUCAGUAUCCUACAGGUCCCAUGCCCGUCCUCAUCAGAGCGUCAAAUGGGAAAUCAAAAAGAAACAGGUCCGACAAGAUCAAGAUGUCGACAAUAGUGGAACCACAUGAUCUUGACAGCUUCUAUAUUCGGUUUGCUGACAUUUGCAAAUCUGGAAUGGUGGCGCUGAAGCCUAGAGAUCGAAGCAAGAAGAAAGCCAAAGCAAAGAAGAAGAAGGCCGCGUCGUGA